AUGGAUCAUACUCAUACUCAGAUUCAUAUAGUGGAAGUAACCCGGGACGCAGUGCACCUCCGCCCGCAAAAGCCAUUGCCUGUUAUCCCCCGCGAGGAUUCAAACCAGACAAUUGGUCCACCUCCGCCUUCACCCCCAGCAAGCGUAGACGGGUCACCCGAUGCUCUUUCCUCAGGUCCAAUUCGCCUGUCCAAAUCAGAUCCGCUCCCGAAAGGCAUAACGCCCGAGGAGAAUGACAUCGACGUAGAGCUAGAUGCAGCAACCAUAAACAGUCAACGCACUCGCAUAUUUCACGACAGCCUCCACCGAGCAUCUACAGAGACAAAAUUCUCUGCAGCUAGGGUCGCUAGAAUAUCUCAGACAAGCAGUAACGUACCCGCUGCCAGCUCCUCAAAGACACAAUAUCCAGAUGGUCUCCUCCACCCACCAGCACCCCGUCCCAUACGUCGCAACACGACAGGCUCUGCUCGCCGUCUUCAUCUUCCUCAACCCACUUAUAUAGCAACUGGCGAACUUGAGGAUGACAUCCAGAUACAGGCAGACCAAAUUCGCCGCGAAAGAAAGCGAAAACAGGCUGAAGAAGUCGCCGCAGCAGUGGCUCAGCAAGAAGACGAACGUCCUUUGGUAGGCAACUUGAUAGGAGAGGACCACGCCAACUACGUCCUCAUGUAUAACAUGCUCACCGGAAUCAGGAUAGCUGUCUCACGAUACCAGGCAAAGAUCAAACGACCCCUGACUGACCAAGAUUUCACCGCGAGGCAUAAAUAUUCUUUCGACAUCGUUGGGAACGAACUCACUCCCUCUGCAAAAUACGACUUCAAAUUCAAGGAUUAUGCCCCAUGGGUCUUCCGUGAGCUGCGCGAAGACCACUUCGCUCUAGACCCCGCAGACUACCUUCUUUCACUCACCUCCAAAUACAUCCUCUCUGAACUCACUUCCCCAGGGAAAAGUGGCUCCUUCUUCUAUUUUUCCCGCGAUUACCGCUUCAUUAUCAAAACCAUCCGACACGCAGAGCACAAGUUCCUCCUCCGCGUCCUCCGCCGAUACUGGGAACAUGUAAAAGCAAACCCGCAUACUUUGCUCAGUCGCUUUUAUGGUCUACAUCGGGUCAAGCUCCCGAGAGGCCGAAAGAUUCAUUUCGUGAUCAUGAAUAACUUGUUCCCGCCUCAUAAAGAUAUUCACGAGUCUUAUGAUCUCAAGGGGAGCACUGUCGGUCGUCUUCUCCACCCUGCGAAGCUGGAGCAGAAUCCUCGUGCGGUACAGAAGGAUUUGAACUGGAUCGAUAGUAACAGGGUGUUGGAGCUUGGCCCGGAGAAGAGGGCUUUAUUGAUGGAGCAGUUGAGGAGGGAUAGCGAGAUGUUGAGAGAUCUUGGUGUCAUGGAUUAUAGUCUCCUCGUCGGGCUUCAUUGGGGGACUAGGGGAAACAAGGAGAAUGUCAGAGGGACUAUGUUGAGGGUGUUCGAGCCCUCAGUCCCGCCCAUCCGGCGCAAAACUACGCAAACAAAAAACGGACGGUCGCCCGAAGCGAUAGCCAUGCGCCGAAUCAUGCGCGCGUCUGAUCCGCACCAUCUAGGAACUACGCUGGAUCUCCCGACUUCACCUUCCCCAUCAACGCAUACCAUCCCGCCUGUUACGCCCAACACCCCCCGCACGCGUCGUUCCAGUACAAGCAACGCCAACGCCACCACACCACAACCACAACCAACCCACCCAACGCAAGAUCGCGACCACUUUUUGUUCUAUCAAGACGAGGGAGGGUUACAAGCGACGGACGAAGGGAACGACGAGAUGGAUGUUAUUUAUUAUUUGGGGAUUAUUGAUAUUUUGACGCCGUAUGGGGGGAUGAAGAAGUGUGAGCAUUUUUGGAAGGGGUUGAAGGCUGAUCGGCAUAAAAUCAGCCCAGUCCCGCCUGCUGAAUAUGCAGACCGCUUCUUUGGGUUCAUGAAAGCUAUCGUGCGGGGAGGAGGCGGUGGGGCUCGGUUCAAGGCUGAUUGA